AUGGAGGAGAUUGCACUUGGAUUGGAGAACGCAGGACAACCGUUCAUUUGGGUGGUCAGAUCAAGAACCUGGAUCCCACCAGUUGGGUGGGAGGAAAGGGUCAAGGAUAGAGGGUUGGACCAGCAGUUGGGCUUGUCCAUGGGUGUGCCACUCUUGGGUUGGCCCAUGGGAACAGAGCAAGGAUUGAAUGCUAGGUAUGUGGCAAUGGGGCUAAAAGCAGGGCUCAUGGUCCUUCAAGAACAAGAUAAAUUCGAUGCAAAAGAUGACCCUAUGGCUGUUCAACAUAAUGUGAUUUGUGACGUUGUGAAGGAGUUGAUGCAAGGUGACCAAGGGAGGAAGGCCAGGGAAAGGGCACAAGAGUUUGGGAUAAAGGCAAGACAAGCUGUGGAAAAAGGUGGAUCAUCUGAUAAGAAAUUGGAUGAACUAAUUGAAUCCCUCACUCCAAGACAAAACAAUUCUAGGACUAUAUGA